CGGACACCCCCGCUGGGAUUCUCUAAUGAGAUAUUCCUGCAUAAUAAGAUGAUGGAUGAGAAGUCUUCACCAAAGAAGUCCUCGUUUGGAAUCUGGUUCAACGCAAAGAAGAAUAAACAGGACGAGAAUGUUAAUGAGGAAUUCAAUAAAGCUUUUGAAGAAAUGUUAGAAAUACGCGAUAUUCCACCACCAGUGAGGAAUCAAUUGCGGGCUAUGGAUACGCGUAAAAAAGAGAAUAUACUUAAAGCGUCUGAGAUUGCUUUACCUUCAUCAGAUAGCACUGAAAUUCCUCAACCAAAAUUGAAAACUAGAUCUAGUUCUGCGAUGUCUAGAUCACCAGACAAAGCCAGUAAGCAGAGUGCAUCAAGUAGCUCUAGCAAAGUCGAUAAAAGCGACAGUCCUACCCUUUUUGCUAAGAUGUUAGAGAAGGAACAUAGUACUGCUUUGUCUGUUGAUAAAGUAAAGCGUCUAAGACAACUCAUACGCGCUGAAUCAUCUAAAUGGCUACUUGAUUUCUUUGCUGCAGGAGGUUAUGAGGGUUUGUGUAGCAGUCUCAAUGAGAUUCUCAAAGUUGAGUGGAGAGAGGAACAACACGAUGAUCAGAUACUACAUGAACUCUUACGAUGCUUUAAAGGUUUAUCGACCUCGGAGAUUGGCUUACAAGCGCUGGCUUCAAAGGCACCAGAACCCUACAAGUCACUGGUUGACUUGCUUUUCACUGACAAAAAGCCUGGUAGCUUGUCAACACGUCAACUGAUGAUGGAAAUAAUUACACUUCUUUUCGAAAUUUUUGAUGAAACAUCAAACAAUGAGCUCAUUAGAUCACCAACUACACAAACAUAUUUAAAUCAAGUUAAUGGUGAAGUCGACAGUGUGCACAUUCAACCAAUGGAAUUACCAUAUCCGUACAGGAGUACUGGAGAGCUGGUUAGGAAACUUUUGCACAAUCCAGUCGAUGAAGCGCUCGAAAACCAACACGAGUUUAUAAAGGUGGCAAAACGACCUCGCGUAUAUAAAUUAUUCUUGAGUGAGUUAUACGAAAUUCAAAGGGACUUUUUCUGGUGCUUUGGUCACAAGAACAAUGGUAUUUGGUAUUACCCUUCUGUCGAUAUGAGACAAGUUGAGAGACUUCGGUUUAGAGUACCAGGAGGAAUGACUGCCGGAGUUGAAUAUGAAGCUAUAGGAUAUCUUACAUCCGUUUUCAGUCUAAUUAAUGCUCUAUCAGCAGCUAGCUUAAAGGAUGGUGAAGAAGUUAGUAGAAGAUUACAUCAAGAUCUCUUCGCAAGUGGAAUUGAUAGGUAUAUUUACACAUCUAGAGCAGCGAGUCUGACUCAUUAUCCUUUACUUCAUUAUAACAUCUCACUCUAUAUUCACUUAGCCAAACGGUCUGGCUUUACUAUCCCGAAUGUUUUAGGGAGGUUUAUAAGUCAACCACCAGAGAAUGUAAGAAUAAAAAAGUGAUUAUGCAUAUGUCUAUUAGUUAAUUAGCUUCCACAAACGUUGUGUUAGACUAUCGAAAUCGUCUAAUGCAGGUCUAACAUCGA